AUGAACCACAGCCACAGGAAGGGGCACCACCAGUUCCCAUAUGUGCCCCAGGCCUACAGCUCAGGCUCCAGGAUUAAACCACUGGAUUCCGAGAAGCAAAGUUCCAUUGAAAGUGGAGAGAUACGGCUGAACGGGAAGGGGAAGAAGAUUCGCAAACCCCGCACGAUCUACUCGAGUUUACAGCUGCAGGCGCUCAACCAGUGCUUCCAGCAGACCCAGUACCUCGCGCUGCCGGAGCGCGCCGAUCUGGCGGCCAAACUGGGGCUGACACAAACACAGGUAAAGAUAUGGUUCCAGAACAAACGUUCCAAGUACAAAAAGAUCAUGAAGCAUGGCUCAAGUGGACCAGAAGGAGAACACCUUCAAGCAGCUUCUGCAACACCGUGUUCACCGGGAAUGCCACCCCUGUGGGAUGUUUCCAUGUCAACCAAAGGUGCCCCCAUGCACUCUGGAGGAUAUAUGAACUCUUUUGGACACUGGUACCCUGGUCAUCAUCAAGACCCAAUGGCCAGAACUCAGAUGAUGUGAUGGGAUGUUUCGGAAAAUCUACAGUGUAUUCGUAUACCCUUUACUGAUCUGACCAUUUCGCUCUGUUUCAGAUCACACCAGCCCUUUUUACUCACAGCCAAACUUUCUUCAAGUUUCUCCCCAGUAUUUUCUUCAUGAAGUUUUACAAUACUGACAUUUUUGCUUGCAGGUUUUUUUGUGGUGGAUUUUUUUUAAAGACUGAAUAAGCAACCCUAACCUAAAAGUGGAUUUUGUAAACUCUUGUAAAUUUGAAUAAAAUGCCA